AAUAAAUUUAAUAAACUUAAAAACUUCUUUCACUUUUAAACAUAUAAUAAAAACUUUACUAUUUUGUUAUAUUGUUCAAAAAUAUAAUUUAGAUCGUAAAUUAUUGUCAUCAUCAUCAAUCAUGAAUCCCAUUGAAGAGAGCGAGAGGAAAAUAAUUAUUGAAUUUUGUCACUUACUGGAGAAAUCAAAAGUGCUGUUUAACGGUUUGAGAGAACUACCACAAUACGGACAUAAGCAAUGGCAGUCUUAUUUCGGCCGUACUUUCGAUGUUUACACAAAGUUGUGGAAGUUUCAACAACAACACAGAGACAUACUGGACAUUAAAUAUGGAUUAAAGAGAUGGCAAAUUGGUGAAAUAGCGUCUAAAAUUGGACAACUGUAUUACCACUUCUAUUUAAGGACGAGUGAAACAGCGUACCUUCGUGAAGCUUUUGCAUUCUACCAAGCUAUCCGUGCCAGACGCUAUUACACGCACGCCGUUAAAGAAGACAAAUGCGAACUAAUGGUGAAAAAGCUUAGAUACUAUGCGAGGUUCAUUGUUGUUUCACUACUAUUGAAUAGAUUAAAACUUGUUGACGACUUGAUACGUGAACUGGAUAACCAAAUCAUUGAAUAUGGAACGGCAUACAAUGCUGAAGAUCAGAUUGAAUGGACUGUUGUUGUCGACGAGGUGAAAGCGUUCCUAGACGCUGAGCCAGCCGUACAAAUCAUAUACACAGACAUGCCAAUACCUGAUCUGUCUAACAGAAUACACCCAGACCAUACUCCAUACAUCGAAAGGGGGCCGCACAUGUACCUGACGCUACAAGAUGUCAUUAUUGUUGGUAGUAACACACAGCAGGCAAAGUUUUCUGAACUCACCAUCGACAUGUACAGAAUUUUGCAAGUUCUGGAAAAGGAGCCAAUCGGGCCUGCACCACAGAUUCUACACGACGACAUUCCACCUCAUGGCCCUCCCCUAGCUCCACAUUCCACCCAGAGAGGGUACGUCGUAGGAGACAGUUUUCGUCGAGACAACCCCCACAAGUACUUGCUGUUUAAACCUACGGCUAUGCAAUUCCUGGUUUACUUGGCUAGCAGCUGCAAUGACUUACCUCCCAAUGGAGCGAUACUUUUGUACAUUUCAGCCGACGGGUACAUUUCAUCUCACGCACGUAAUGCUGAAAACAUAACCGGUUACGAUUGUGGGGGAUUUAUUACAUCUGGUAAAUUGGAAACACCUAGAGAGCUAAGAGAGGCUAGAGAUUCCAGAGACUCCCGAGACUCCAGGGACCCGAGAGACACACGAGACCCUAGAGACUCACGGGACCCUAGAGACUCAAGGGAUCCGAGAGACGCAAGGGACCCUAGAGACGCAAGGGAUCCGAGAGACGCAAGGGACCCUAGAGACUCUAGGGACUCAAGAGAUUCACGAGAACCAAGGGAAUCCAGAGAACCGAGGGAUUCAAGAGGUAGCCAGUCGGAGCGGGAACGACGUGGUAAAGACAUCCACCUACUAUACCCAGGAGACAUAUACCCCUAUACGAGACGACCCCUCUUCAUAAUCGUAGAAUCAAAUUGCUCAGGAUUGAUGCAGAACAUACCGCGACAUUUUAACCAGCCGUUAGUGAUGCUCUUGUCUGCGCAAGAGUUGCCAGCAGGUUUGACAGAGCGCACACACCAAGGAAACUUACUAACUUUAUUCCUCAACAAUCCUAUGAUGGGAUUUUGCGCAUCUUGCGAGCUAUACACCAUCGAAGAAAGAUUGUUAGAUGCUUGCGAACCGCUCGUGUUAGACUUUAUUUUCCAUAGCAUCCAACUUAUAACACGAAUUCGAAUUGAUAUGAAUUUCUUCGCAUUUAUGGGCGACGAGUUCUUGCGAAUGAUAAUCCUGCGCUAUUUGUUCUGCGAGUGUUCUCUGCGGAUGAACAGGAACUUCCGAUCGCGCUCACAGAUCGUGCGCUCCGUGCCACCCUUGCCAGAAGAACUGCUAUCGCAUUCUUCUCUUGUGCCGAUCGUAUUGAAAAUUGCUGAAACUUUGGGGGUCAGAAGCCACUUUUCUGACGUCUCCGGACCCGGACCAGGACCAAGGGAAUAAACAACAAGUUAAAGGAUCGAGUAGAAUAAUAAUAAUUGUAUUCCUCUAUUGAAUUGUUAUUAGCAACAACGCCAUCUGUUGCCUUGCUAAUAACGAUUGCGGUUGUAGUACGUUUUCGAUUGUUAAGUGUUGCAUUCAACACUAGAGGGCGUUCAUCUCCCAUCAUCACUCAUCUUUAUAACCGCCUAAAUUAACAAUUCUGUAUCUCAUUACAAAAUUGUAUUUAAUAAUAUAUUACCAUAGUUAAAAAUUAUAU